GAUGGGAUUCUUUUGAGGGAUGGGUUUAUAACUUACUGUUCACGUGCCUUCCCGCGUUUUUGGUGAUGUCUAUGACGACUGGUCAAUAUCUUAGGGUCCUAGAUCACGCUGACGUACUCGAUACCCCAAGGGAGCAGCAUAGCACAGCAACUUCCCCAGCUUUUAAUAUAAUCAGCUAACCCCCCAAGAUAACAGAUUAGCAAGGCAUUUCCCCAGGUUUUGACAUCUCCGCCUACACCCCCCGCCUGUCCCCAUCUCCCGUCCGAAGCGCUUGCCAUACAUCUCGUUCCGUUGCCCCUUUACUCGCCCCCCCCAUCCAUCAUGCCCGAAGAGGGCGAGGGGGGCACCUACGACCCCGAAUGCCACUUCUGCGUCAUCGGCAAAACCGGAAAGCCCAGCCCACACCCCACCAUCGCCGCCAGCCCUGUCGCCUCCGCCUACCUCGUCCUCGCGACGCACAGCGUCGUCGGGUUCCUCGAAUCGGCGCCUAUGGGCCACGGCCACAUCGUCCUGCUACCGCGCGAGCACGCGGGCAAGAUCAGUGAUCUCUCGUCGGGGGGGAGCGCGGUGUUGGGGUUUUGGUUGCCGAUUGUUAGUAGGGGGGUGAUGGCGGGGUUGUUUGGUGCGAAGUGGAGGGAUCAUGAUGAGAGUUGGAAUAUUUUGCAGGCGAAUGGUAAAAUGGCAGGUCAGACGAUCAAGCAUGUGCACUUCCAUAUCAUCCCGCGGCCCCGCCCGGAGAUGAAGUCUGUGUAUGGAGAGACGCGGGAUCCGAGCGAGAUGAUGUCGUAUGAGAAGAGGCAGAGGAAUCUGACGGAGUCGAUGACCGCGAACAUGCAGGAUGAGAAGGCGAUUGAGGCGUGUCAGCUGAUUAGGGCGGCGUUGAAGAAGGAGAUCUUGAGGAUGAAGUUGUCGGGGAAGAUUGCGGAGGGGGAGGAUGAGUGGGAUUUGUGGUCGAUUGAUGAUGGGAAGAGAGUAUUAUGGUUGUAAGGGGGCCCUGUAAAUUGGAUGAAGGGAUGUGAGAGGGGUAGUUGGGGCUGUAUGAUAAGCAGGGUUAGAAAAUCAGUUAUAAUCAUGAUUAUUUAGUCGUAAUCAUAGUAUCUAGAUACGACCUUGGCAGGACAAAUUCAAACUCAG